AUGGACUACAGAGCAAUCACGGAGACACAGCUAUCAAACGAGAAUACGGAUCUGAACAAGCUGGUGACUCCCACUGGCGUGGUCAUGGGCUGGAUUCGUGCAGCUGUGGCCUCUCGCCUCUCCACAACCGGUGAAGAGUGGGCGCGCACCAUGUCUAAGGAAAACAGUGGCACGGCGAACAGCCAAAAGCUUGUUUUAGACUAUAAGCUUUUCCGUCCAGGAGCGCCUAUUGUCAACGGAACAUUCUGGAUGCACGAACAAAUGCCAGGAAUUGUGCAUUACGAAGACCUGAGUGCACGAUUACGUGAGCAAAAAUACUGGGCCGGCUACAACGUGCCCUAUUUCGAGGACAUAUUUACGAUCUCCGGUCAACCGGCCAAAGUGGAAGAGUAUGGUGACUACUACACACACGAGAACUGCCCUCGCGCAAGGUUGUUCAGAAGAGACCACACCAAACUAAAGGACUUGGAUUCUGUUAUCGCUUACAUGAGGUACAACGAUUACAAGAACGACCCUUUGUCACGCUGCAACUGCACGCCGCCAUACAAUCCUGUGUCUGCCAUCUCAGCGCGCCAUGACCUACUUUGCCCGUCGGGGAAGUACGACGCGCCAGGAAUGAAUCGACGGGCUGUUGGCGGUAUCGAUACAAAGGUGACAAACCAGGAUCUUUUCGCGUCAUCAGAGUUUGUUGCUAUCAGUGGACCAACAUGGGAAAUGCUGCCUCCUUUUCAAUGGAGCACCAGCGGGCUGCCAGAUAUCCACGUCGGCCAUCCUGACAAGUGGCAGUUCGGACCCGUUCAUCAUAAGUGGAACGAGUGACGAGCGGCCACACCAGCACAUCACAGAAUCUGAGGAUAGGUGGAAUUCUUCGUGUUUUGUCGUCUCUUCAAACCCAGUAACUGGAACAGUGUAUUCCUCCAAUAAACGCCCAUGUUUCGUGGA